AUGUUCAAUAUUAUAGCUAUAAUAUUGGUAAAAAUGUCAAACUUUAAAAUAAUUCGUACUAUUGAAACAAAAUUUGGAAUCAAUGUUAUGAAAUGUAAAUCUAAUAGAACUGGAUUAUCAGCUAUUCUUGUCGAUGUUGAAGCUCCUCUGGUCGGAGGAUACUUUGCAAUCCCAACUGAAGCCACGGAUGAUGAUGGAUGCCCUCACACUUUGGAACAUUUAGUCUUUCUCGGUAGUGAAUUGUAUCCGUACAAGGGUGUAUUAGACACUUUGGCAAAUCGCGCAUUUGCCCAAGGAACCAAUGCUUGGACUGAAACGGAUCACACAUGUUACACUAUCACGACAGCUGGUAGUGAAGGAUUUCUGCAAUUGUUACCUAUUUUUGUGGAUCAUAUUCUAUAUCCUACUUUGACGGAAAGUGGUCACUAUACCGAGGUCCAUCACAUAAACGGAAAGGGUGAAGAUGCUGGGGUAUAUUCUCUUUAUUUUAAACUUAUUAUGGGGUAUCAACGAUUAAUGUAUCCGGAAGGAUGUGGGUAUCGUAGUGAAACUGGUGGCUUAAUGGAAUGUCUUAGACAACUUGGCGUUGAGAAAAUUCGUCAAUAUCAUAAAGAUUAUUAUAGGCCUGAUAAUUUAUGUCUAAUUAUCACUGGUAAAAUUUCACAUUCCGAAUUAUUUAAAGUUCUUGAUCCGUUGGAUGAUAGAAUUGCAUCUAAAGGAGGUUUACCUCCUCGUAAACGCAAUUAUAGAGUCUUAACUGAGUCUAAUACAUCAACUACUAGGCCAUUUGUUGAUUCUACACCAAUUCCAUUACUUGAAAAAUCUAUUCAGGAGAUUGUUGAAUUUCCAGAUGAAGAUGAGAGUAUGGGUCAAGUUGUGAUUGCUUGGCUUGGUCCCACGAUUGAUGUGAUUACUUUGAAACAUGAAUAUUCUGCAGUUUCGGUACUACAAAAAGAAUUUGUUGAAAUCGAAGAGCCAUUAUGUACAGACAUUGAUAUCUCUAUUCUCGAGCAAACUCGGACAGCAAUCUUGGCAACUUUUGAAAAUGUUCCAACGGAAGAAUUGAAAGAUCUUAUUACUAAUUUAUUUGAUGUAUUUAAAAGAAUUGUUAAUGAAGAAGGAAUUGAUAUGGAGCGUAUGAAAACUGUAAUUCAACGUGAUAGAUUAAAGACUUUAAAUGAAAUUGAAGUAAAUCCGCAUGAUUCAUUUUCUCAACUUUGUAUUGUAGACCAUGUAUAUGGUAAAGAAACUUGUGAAGACCUUGAAAGGGCCGUUAAAGAUCUAAGUUAUUAUGACCAACUUGCAAAUUUUUCAGAGAAGCAAUGGAUUGAAUAUUUGAAAAAAUAUCAUAUUGACAAUCCUAAUAUUGCGUUAUUGGGAUGUCCUUCUGCAAAAUUUGCAGAGAAACUUUUAAAUGAUGAACUUAAACGUGUCGAAAAACAACGUGAAACGUUAGGUCCUGAAAGAUUAAAGGAUUUAGAAAAAAAAUUAGAAGAUGCACAAACAUUAAAUAAUCAGCCUAUUCCACCUCAAAUUAUUGAAAAUUUUCCAGUUCCAAGUGUUGAAAGUAUAACAUUUAUAAAGGUUAUUACUGGUAGAAAUAAGUCGGAAGGAAAAUUCAAAAAUAUCGUUCAAGAUUAUCUUGAUCGGGACGACUUGGCAGAUAUACCAUACUUCAUUCAAUUCGAUCAUAUCAAUUCUGCAUUCAUAACUAUUUCCGUCUAUAUCACCACAGAAUCUAUUCCCAUCGACCUUCGCCCAUACCUGGAAAUUUAUCUCGAAUCAUUUUAUAGCUUGCCAUUGAAUAGACCUAAUGGUGAACAUUUAACAUUUGAACAAGUGGUUAAUGAACUGAACAAAGAUACCGUUAGCUAUGAACAUAAUCUAGGAAUUAAAGGAUAUGAAGGGAUGAUUUGUUUCUCUGUCAAAGUUGAAGCUGCCAAAUAUGCAACCGGAAUUCAGUGGUUACGUGAUUUGUUGUGGAAUACAGAAUUUACUGUCGAAAGGCUUAAAAUUUGUGCUUCAAAACUACUAAAUGAUAUUCCACAAGCUAAGCGUGAAGGAUAUGAUAAAGUUUUACCCGAAGCCAUUAAAUUAUUGGAAAAAAAUCCAACAAAAGUUAUUGAAAUGUUUAUAAAGCUUAAAGAGAUUUUGAUUUCUCCAGAAAAUUUCAGAAUUCAUGUGAGUGGAAAUAUUAUGCAAUUAAAAAAUCCUAAAAGUACAUGGGCAGAAAAUUUUAGAACUAUUCCGAGUACAAAACCUUUGUCGCCUAUUCCCUUGCCACAAAAUGUCUUGACUGAAUCGGGACGUAAUCCUGGUCCGAAUACAUUUGAUUCACCGGAUUUGGCUCCCUUACUUGUACUAUGUGAGCUUUUGCACACGAUGGAAGGUGUAUUUUGGAGAGUAAUCCGUGGUCAGGGAUUAGCUUAUAGUGUUUGGCUUAAAGUUAGUGUGGAAUCAGGUUUAAUUUAUUUUACCAUAUACAAGUCACCUGACGCAUAUAAAGUAUAUGAACAAGCUAAGAAAAUUGUAAAUGAUUUAUCUUCUAAGAAGGUUGAGUUUGAUAAGUGUGAAUUAGAAGGUGCAAAAAGUGGGGUCAUUUAUAGUCUUGUCAGUAAUGAGGCUACAGAAUCGUUUGUUUUACAAGUUUUAAAUCAUUUGAGUUCUGAUUUUAAUAAAGAAUUGAUUUCAAAAGUUCAGGCUGUGAAAUACGAAGAACUUUACAUUAUGCUAACGAAGUAUAUAACGAAAUUAUUUAUGCCUGAAACUUCAAAUGUUGUAGUUAUUUCAACUCCCGGCAAAGUUAAGGACGUACGAGAAGGAUUUAAUACUCAUGGAUUCAAGUUAGAAGUUAAAAGUUUAGAUAAAGUUAUUAUUUAA